ACUUACGUUGAUCCUGCUGAUUUUGGUGAUAUGGAAGAAGCAAUUAAAAGAUUAGCUAAAAAGUUACCUGAUGCAGCAAUUAGAAUUGAAGAUAAAAUUGGCGAAGGUCAAUUUGGCUCAGUAAGUAGAGCCGUCUGGACUAAAGAUUCGGGAGAAAAAAUAGAUGUUGCUGUUAAAUCGAUUAAAGAGGACUGCACAUUAAAAGCGAAGAAGGACUUCUUAAUGGAAGCGGCUAUGAUAGUUCAAUUUGAACAUAGGAAUAUCGUACGAGUUGAAGGUGUUGUUUUAAGUAAAGGACGACUUAAAAUGAUCGUGAUGGAAUACCUAGCAAAUAAGUCCCUAGAUAACUACCUUAGAGAAAAUAACCAUAAAUUUACCAAAUUACAACUAGCGGGUAUGGCUAGUGGCGUAGCUGCAGGAAUGGAAUAUUUAUCAGAUAAGGGUUUUAUUCAUAGGGAUUUAGCCGCACGAAAUGUAUUGGUAGGCGAUAUGAUGCUAUGUAAAAUUGCUGACUUUGGUCUAUCUAGGGAAGUGCAACAAGAUGAUGAAGAGGAUCAAGCGCAAUAUACUACCGAAGGAGGUCAAAUUGCUUUACGAUGGACGGAACCAGAAGCUAUCAUAUCCCGUGGUUUUACUACAGCUAGUGACAUUUGGAGCUAUGGAAUCACUUUAUGGGAAAUUUUUUCUUACGCUGCUCGACCUUAUGGAGAAUGGGGAAAUAAAAAGAUCAUGCACUAUGUAAACCAAGGAUAUCGACUUGCUCCACCAGAGAAAUGUCCAAGAUGCAUUUACAGUUUAAUGCUUAGAUGCCAGCUGAAUGACAGAUCCAAAAGACCUACGUUUUCUAACAUCGUUCAGUUUUUCGAUAAUCUGUUUAGGCUGCCGGAUGAUUUAGAUAUGAUGGUUUACUUAUUACAAAUAAAAUUUGAUAGCGUUGCGGAUAUCUCAAUUUCAUCUUGGCUAGAAGAUCUAAAGUUGGAGUGCUACGUCCGCUUAUUUGUGAAUUCUAAUAUAGUUAAUGUCAAAAAUCUACUUGUUUUGAAUGAGAAGAGGUUAACAGAUAUGGGUAUUACGUCACUUAAUCAUAUCAAAAAAAUUCUUAAAGCAAUACAAAGU